AUGAAAGUGAGAUAUGUCCUGAGACUGGGGCUGAGAUUUCAGAUAGGUGAUGGGAACAACAUUGAUAUCUGGGAAUCCCCAUGGAUUCCAAGAGCUCCAAAUUACAAACCAUACUGCUGCUUUGAGGAUGACAGGAGAGCUCUUAAGAAGGUUAGGGAUUUAUGUGGAGUGGCAGGGAACCAAUGGGAUGUGAAACUUAUUAGACAGACUUUCCAACCAAUGCAAGCAGAGGAAAUCCUCAAGCUGAAAGCACCAGUUACAGGAAAAAGCGACCAGUUAAUUUGGCAUCAAUGUCCCAAGGGCCAGUUCUCUGUAAAGCAUAUUCUCGCAGGAAAGGAAAUCUUUAUAGGGACAGUUGAACCUUUUCGGUAA